AUGUCUUGGACUCAGAGAUCGAAUCCGUAUGACGCUUUUGCCCAGGAGGCUACUCAGACUCCAUUGUCUGUUGCUUUUCCACAAUGGAUGCUCAAUAUUUGGGAAGUAACUCACGAUCAUCCUGAAGGUCGUUGGUUUCUCGAUUCAAAUGCCCGAUGUCUGCGACAGAAGGCGAGUUUGAGGAUUGUGUUUGCACCUCUUGAUCUCCCCAGAAGAGACGCUCUUUCCCAAACCCUCGAACUCUUCAACAUUCUUAACAUACCCAGUGACUUCACAAAAGAACGUCUACAAUCCGUGAGCCACAGCUUCAACCAUGCGACAGACUCCAACGGUUCAUCCUCUUGGUUUCACUUUCUUUGUAAAAACAUCGACAUCAAACAAGCACCAGGUAGCGCACCAGAGAUUGAAAAUCGCGCUGCAGCGAUGGGCUAUCAUGCCUCCAAUCUUCCGCAGGCGGAUUAUAGUUGGCAUCGCGCUGGUUUCUUCUUAAGAGUUGAUAAUGGGGGCUCUGUCACUUUGGUUUGUUUCGGAGCUACGAACAGGAUUAGACAGAGAAUUGGGGAGUUUGUUGCUGCGAAAGCGUGGGGGGAUGUCAAGGUUGAUGCCUAUAUUUUGUUUGAUCUACUGUUCGAUGCGCUUUAUUUUGAGGUCGACGACACAGUUUGGAAAAUGAACACCGUCUUUGGUCCUCUUGAGCACUUAAUCCUCGAGUAUGCCAACUCCAAAAAUAUCCGCAAGAUGAGCAGCAAGGUACCCUUCUCAGCGAUGCACAACUGCGCCAAACACAUAAUCCACAUCGCUGAAGCAAUUGAGUCAUGCCUCAUGAUCGUCGACUCAACAAUCCACAACGUGGGCAACCAUCAAACCACGGAACAAGUAACAUCCAGAGAACCAGUCCUCAGGCAACUCCGCGAAACCCUCCAAUACCGCCGCUCCCUUUUCAAGUCAAGUCAACUCCGUCUCAACAGUCUCCAAAAGCGCAUCGACAACGCCAUAACCCUCUCCUUCAACCUCGUAACGCAGCAAGAUUCCAUGGUCAUGAUCCAGGACUCCAACUCCAUGAAGGUCAUUGCUGCUAUUACCAUGAUCUUUUUGCCUACGACGGGGGUGGCAACUGUUAUCGGGUCGCAGCUAUUCACGUCGGAAGUGCUCAAGGAUGGACAGACGUGGGAUGUUAAGCUCACGCCGCUGUUUUGGACCAUGUGGUGGAUCGCCAUUCCGUUGACGGUCUUUGUGGUGCUUUUGGCAAUUAUUUGGCAUUGGUGGGUUCAUACUGAAUCGCCUACUGGAGAGGUUGUGGAAGUAGUUAAGAGGGCUGCUACAUUUAGUUCUUCAGGGACGAGGACACCUCCGACAGAGAACAAGUAA